GCACAGAGUACUUUUGUAUAUGAUUUGACGUUUGUUAAUUGUUUUGUGCUCGGCUCGUGAAUGAAAUAAUUUGAGAGAAACUUGCCAACAAUUUGUGUGAAAUAAUUACAAAUUAUUGUAAAUAAAUCGAAACAUGUAUUCUAGUGAUGAUUACAACGAGGGGUAUGAGUCGUAUGGUGACUAUGAGCCCCACACAGGAGAUCCACAAUUUGAUUUGGAAUAUGACAGGUCAUACUAUCAAAUGCCAGAAAUGGUUAAAAAGUUCCUGGUAUAUUUCCGCAAUAUGAUCACUGAGGGGAUGACAUUUGAGAUACUGAAUCUCUAUGAAAAUACAUUUCCUAAGCUUACUGAGCAGUAUUUUGAAAAUACACCCUGGCCUGAUGAGAAAGAGGUUGCACCUGUUGUGGAUGAUGACCAUGUAUUCAUGAUCCUCUACAAAGAGCUGUAUUUCCGUGAUAUCUACGCUCGGGUACCUGGAGGUCCAAAACCUGAACAGAGAUUCCUCUCAUUCUAUAACUACUGUGACCUGUUCAACUACAUCCUGUCUGCGGAGACACCAGUGCCUCUGGAAUUGCCUGACCAAUGGUUGUGGGAACUUAUUGAUGAAUUUGUGUACCAAUUCCAAUCAUUUGCUCAGUAUAGGUCACGCACUUCUAAACUGAGCCAAGCGGAGAUUGAGGCGCUCAAUAGUGAAAACAAAGCAUGGAAUGUGCUGUGUAUUCUAAAUGUGCUGCAUUCUCUUGUGGACAAGUCAAAUAUAAAGAAACAACUUGAGGUGUAUGCUGCCGGCGGUGACCCUGACUCCGUGGCGGGUGAGUUUGGCCGCCACUCUCUCUACAAGAUGUUGGGAUACUUCUCGCUGGUGGGCCUCCUGCGCCUCCACUCCCUGCUGGGAGACUACUACCAAGCCAUUAAGGUGCUGGAAAACAUCGAGCUGCACAAGAAGUCCCAAUACUCCCACGUGCCAGCGUGCCAGAUCUCCACCUCAUACUACGUGGGCUUCGCGUACAUGAUGAUGCGCCGCUACUCCGACGCCAUCCGCACGCUGUCCUCCGCACUGCUGUACAUGCAGCGCACCAAGCAGCUGUUCUCGUCGCGCUCCUACCAGAACGACCAGAUCAACAAGCAGACCGAGCAGAUGUACCAUCUCCUGGCCAUCUGUCUGGUGCUCCAUCCACAAUGCGUCGAUGAAUCCAUCCAACAGGUACUCCGUGAGAAGAACUACCACGAGAAGAUGUUCAAGAUGCAGUACGGCGACCUGGGCGAGUUCGAGAGCUGCUUCACGUUCGCGUGCCCCAAGUUCCUGUCGCCGUGCCCGCCGCCCAUCGAGCCCGGCUCCAACUACGGCCGCGACGCUGUCAAGCAUCAGACGCAGGUGUUCAUGGACGAGGUCCGUCAACAGAAGAUGCUACCGACCAUCCGCUCGUACCUGAAGCUGUACACCACCCUCCCGCUGGCCAAGCUCGCGGCGUUCAUGUCCGCGGCGCGCGGCGGCGAGCGCGACGCGGCGCGCGAGCACGCGGCGCUCGCCAUACACCUGCUGUGCUUCAAGCACAAGAUGAAGAACGUCGUGUGGUCCAAGGGGCCCAGCGGGCUGGAUGGCAAGUUCCAGAGUGGUUCUGAGUUGGACUUCUACAUCGACAAUGACAUGAUCCACAUUGCCGAUACGAAGGUUGCUCAUCGUUACGGCGAUUUCUUUAUCCGCAAGCUUCUCAAGUUCGAAGAGUUGAACCGCAAGUUGCACCACAUCAAAAUAUAAAUGUCUCAAAAUGUAACAAAUAAAAUAUCAUUUUUACAACAAAUAAAAGAUAUCGGUAAU